AUGGCUACCCCUCUUCCCCCUAAUCCGUUUUCUAACGCGACAAUUGCCCGUGAGGCGUCCAAUAAAUACCUCGACCUAGAGCGCCGCCACGAGCAAGUCCGACAGGAGGGUCGUCUCUCUGUCUUGGUCUGCGCGAGAUUUUUAGGCCAUUUGCUCCUCGAAGCGCCUACGGAAAGUGGCCACGACAAAGUUGCCUCGAAGAUCAUGCGCCUAUCUGGGGCAACUGAUUCUUCCUCAAUCGACGCCAAGCUUGUGGAAUACGAUGAGGGAGAAGCUACAAACGUCGAGGUCGCACGUUUGAUUAGGUGUGCCGCCAAUAAGAACCAGGCGGGUACAAUUUCGUCCAUCCAGGCCAUUUUCGGCGAGUACGGCGGCCUCGACGAAGCGGACCUAUCUGACGUCCACAACCUCCGCAACAUCCUCAGUGUCGGAUCCCGGUUGUUCCACCCGCUCACCCACUUGCAAGUUUGGCUAGAGAGAGACCCAGCGGACCCUCCGAACGUAUACAAACCAGCAGCUGUGAUCCCGCAGUACCUCAAUGGCGUUCUCCAGCGUAUCGAGUUCACAACCCCUGAUCCGUCGACCUUCUCCGUCCCUGACGCGCGAUACCUUGCCGUUCACACUGCAUGUGCCCGGUCUGCUCAUUUUUCUGGUGUUGCGGAGCAUGUUCGUAAGAUUCUCUACAGCCUGGAAGAGACAGACACUUUGCCGGCCAGUGGGAGUUCCGAUAUGCUGUAUCUUGCACUCACACAGCGUCUUAAUAUUGAGGGGCAUUAG